GCGGGGCUACGCGGAGGAGGCCUCUCAUUGGUCGCCGGCGACGAGUCACGUGAAAGAGCCUUCUUUUGGUCCGGCCCUGGUGAGGAUCAAACCAUUUGGGAUAUUUUGUAGGGGGAAACGGGUCAAACCAUUACGCCAUAGCAUUGCGGAAGAAGGAGAAGGCAGAUGUUGUAAGAAAGAGACGUGUUCUUUGGAUCAUGCCUGAUAAAUACAGCUUUCGCCCAUCCUAAAGCUCAUACUUGAAAUCAUUGUUAGCUUCAGGUUUGUAUAAUAAGCUCUGGACCAUCCUCAGCAUGAUGACAACCAUCAGCAGGACUCUCAGGCUCUUGCAAGGAGAGGCACUCUGGGCAUUCCUUCCCAGGCCUUGCCGUCUUCACACAUCCGCGUGCCAACCCAACUCCAACCGGACGUCCAUCGCUUGUGUUUCAAGGCAGAAGUACGGCCGGAUGUAUCCAGUUCUGCUGGUCAGACCUGAUGGCUCCACCAUCCACAUCCGUUACAAAGAGCCCAGGCGGAUCCUUUCAAUACCAGUAGACAUCAAUACUCUCCCUGAAGCCGAAAGGAGAGCCCGGUUGCGGAAACGGGACGCCAUCAAGCUUAAACCCAAACAGGAGGCAGUCUUUGAUGACGAUGACUUUAAGUUGGACGAUUAUAGAAAGUUUUGGAAGAAGAAAUGAGAUAUUUGUGUUACUAUUUUUUUUUUGUAGCAAAACGCUGUUAUAAACAAAUUGCAAACCCUAAAUAAAGAGUCUAUCAUCUUCUC